AUGGAUGCUGCUAAAGCUGGUGUUGAAAAAGUAAAAGAAACUAUUCAAGGCAAAAAGGCCGAAAACAAAGCACACAAAGCUAAUGAUCCAACUGAAAAACCAAGUGAACGUGCUGAUGCUGCAUUCGAAUCUGGUAAAGCUAGAAUGAAGGAACAAGAACAUGCUUGUAAAGCUGAAUGCCACAAGGACAAGCAUGUUUACCAGUAA